GGGAGAGUGGCCCCGGGGAGUCGGAGCCUUGAUCUCUGCGCAGUAACCAGAUCCGCAUGUUGGAAAUGCAGCCAGUUCUCUGUGCCCCGAGACACCCCACUCUUACGUCCCUGGAGCUGUCAUGCUGCUGGGUUUCUCCUGGCCACGCAUGAUCCCUGCAGGGAGUUUUUCACGUUAGUAUUCUGUAAGCUUGCAGGGAUAGUUUUUUUUUUUUUAUUUUUAGCAAUGCCAUACAUUUGAGUGAAGGGAACAUGGAAACCUCCCGGGUUAUAGCAGACGGGCCAUGUGCUGGCAAGGGGGCGGUCUUGUCGGUUUGCCCAAAGAACACACACAGCUACACAGUUCUGGGAGCUUCUCAGUGUGUCUGAGAAGCCUCGAGCUCUUUGGUUAUUAGUAAAAUUCAAACCUUCGCACCCUGCUGUGAGAUUUCUGUGUAGAUUCCUUCGCUGGGAGAGUUUUGGAGCUGUUUACCCAGAGCGGCUGUCAGCUGAGGCCCUUCUGAGCUUUUACCCUGUAAUCUUGUCACAGACGGACUUGUUUCCAGAUGCCCGGGGAUUCCUCGUUGGAUCACUGCCUUUUAAACAGAGUUCUGUGAGCAGCCACCCAUCUCCCACCGGAAAGAAAGAUGUGGAAGGCUUCGGCAGGCCACGCCGUGUCCAUCGCCCAGGACGACGGGGGCGCCGACGACUGGGAAACCGACCCCGAUUUCGUUAACGACGUGAGUGAGAAAGAGCAGAGAUGGGGCGCCAAAACCGUGCAGGGGUCUGGGCACCAGGAGCACAUCAACAUCCACAAGCUGAGGGAGCACGUGUACCAGGAGCACCAGAGCCUCAAGGAGAAGGAACUGGAGACAGGACCCAAAGCCUCGCACGGCUAUGGAGGGAAGUUUGGCGUGGAGCAGGACAGGAUGGACAAAUCGGCCGUCGGCCACGAGUAUCAGUCGAAGCUUUCCAAGCACUGCUCGCAGGUCGACUCCGUCCGGGGCUUUGGAGGCAAGUUCGGUGUCCAGGUGGACAGAGUUGAUCAGUCGGCUGUGGGCUUUGAGUACCAGGGGAAGACUGAGAAGCAUGCCUCCCAGAAAGACUACUCGAGUGGCUUCGGUGGCAAGUACGGUGUGCAGGCAGACCGCGUGGACAAGAGCGCCGUGGGCUUCGACUACCAGGGCAAGACAGAGAAACAUGAAUCCCAGAAAGAUUACUCCAGAGGCUUCGGGGGCAAGUACGGCAUUGACAAAGACAAGGUGGACAAAAGCGCCGUCGGCUUCGAGUAUCAAGGCAAAACCGAGAAGCACGAGUCCCAGAAAGACUACGUGAAGGGCUUUGGAGGGAAGUUUGGAGUGCAGACCGACAGACAGGACAAGUGUGCGCUGGGCUGGGACCACCAGGAGAAGCCAGAGCUGCACGACUCCCAGAAAGACUACUCCAGAGGAUUCGGCGGGAAGUACGGGGUGCAGAAGGACCGCAUGGACAAGAAUGCCUCCACCUUUGAGGAUGUUGCCAAGGUGCCCUCCACCUACCAGAAGACGAUCCCUGUUGAAGCAGCCAACACCAAGACCAGCAACAUCAGAGCCAACUUCGAAAACCUGGCGAAGGAGAAGGAACAGGAGGACAGGCGGCGGGCGGAGGCCGAGAGGGCGCAGCGGAUGGCCAAGGAGAGGCGGGAGCAGGAGGAGGCUCGCCGGCAGCUGGACGAGCAAGCCCGAGCCCAGAGGCAGAGCCCGCCAGUGUCCCCCACUCCGCAGCCGGUGCAGGAGAGGCAGCCUUCCAGCCCCAUCUAUGAGGAUGCAGCUUCAUUCAAGGCUGAGCCGAGCUGCAGAGGCCCCGUGAGUGAGCCCGAGCCUGUGUACAGCAGGGAGGCCACCGACUACCGGGAGGCAGGCAGCCAGCAGGGCCUGGCCUACGCCCCCGAGGCAGUCUACGAACCCGCAGAGGCCCCGGGCCACUACCCAGGAGAGGAAAACACCUAUGAUGAAUAUGAGAACGACCUGGGGAUCACGGCCAUCGCCCUGUAUGACUACCAGGCUGCUGGCGAUGACGAAAUCUCCUUCGACCCCGACGACAUCAUCACCAACAUUGAGAUGAUCGAUGAUGGCUGGUGGCGCGGGCUGUGCAAGGGCAGGUACGGGCUCUUCCCGGCCAACUACGUGGAGCUGCGGCAGUAGGCGCCACCGUGGCCGGCUGCCACCACGCCCUGCGUGGGGCUCGGGGGGAGGGAGGCUCCAUGUUGCUUUAUAUUUAAUACUCUGCUGAUGCUGUUGAGAGUUUAUGCCGCAGAAAUUGCUAAUAUACUGUAAUUGUGUUCCUGGGAGGACUUGGGAUCGUUUCUAUGCACUCGAGGUGUUUUCCUUUCUGCCAAACUGACUAUCACGUGGAGCCACUUUGGGGCCCUUAGUUCCUCUGAGUACAUGCUGUCCUCGCCCCACGGUCAGCGGGAGACCCCAGGACAAAUGAGACCUACUUCACCGCCGGCGCUUUAACCACUGCUGUGUGGGUGUCAGGCAGGAGUCACUGUCCCUGAAGGGGUCCCUUUCGAGUCUCCAUGUUUGGAGGAGGGAGGGGCUGGUGGACACUGUGAAUUGAGGGAAUUCUAGAAAGCACAUGAGCUUCAGCAUCGGAUGGAAGGACCUGUCGCCCGAGAAAUCCCACAGGACCGGAGUUUAGUAAUGCCCCUGGUCUUUUGUCUUGCGUCUCCCUGUCUUGCCCUCCGUCCCUCACCUCCUGACGCCCUGGACACCAAGAGGGCUGCUGAGCCCCGCCUGUCCCUGAGAUGCAGUGUCUCCCAGCUCCAUAAACACUGCCGUCCCUGGGGCUCCAGCUCCAGGCCCAUAGGACGCCCAGCCCGAAGGCCUGUGCUGGGCUCAUGUCACUCGGACACGUGUCUGCUGUGUGGAAACGGCCACUUGGCUACAGGAUGCAGGUGCCUUCUCUCCUAAACUGCCAGGAGCUCUUCCCGUAAGGGGAGUGAGCUCUGUUUGCCAAAGUAUCAACUUAAGUGACAGUAAAAUUUGAUGGCUGACGUGGCGAAAAGCAGGAAGUGAAUGAGUGCUGCUCCGACCCAGGACACUCCCACGGCAGCCCCGUGGACCCGGUGUGCGGAGCUGUCGCCCCCGCAGAGCCCAGGGGCACAGCCUGUCUCCAGGGCGCCUGGAGAGCGUGGUGUUGGGACAUCGGCAAAUUUCCUUUCCAGGAUAUGUCUGCAGCCUCCGCUUCACUGCUUGGUCGGGUUUCUAUGCAGUUGUGUCUGACUUUCUGUAGCUCACCUCAUAGGUAUGAUUUUUUUAAAUUAAACAUUCAAAAUAAACUUUUUUUGAUCCAUGUGCUGCUGA